CUUGGACGUCCUGAAGACUUCUUCAAUGCAGUCAAACCUCUCCCUUGAAGUUCUUGAUGAUCAGUCAGUCAGAGGAACAUCAGCACAGACAGCCGCUCCGACAUCCAGCUGUCCGGACGCUGAUUCAUUUCACCACACACCAGCUCUGGGUGCAAACUCAGAAGGGGUGUUUGGGAAAUUGAAAGGCGUCCUUACUGGGCCAACAAGGACUCCAUCAUCAGAGAGCUCCAAGAAUGGGAAAAUCAGAGAGCCAAAUGGAUAUCAUGGAGAAAAGCACUAAACCGAGGAAGCAUCGCUGGACUGUAGUGGAGAUCGGACUGUCUGUCACUGUGCUUCUGAUGAGCUGCGCUCUGGCUGGACUCAUAGUGCUCUACACUUCAGCUCUGAGAGAGCGUUUUAACAUAAAUGAAUCUUCAAAAGCAGGGCUGAAAUAUCGAUCAAACGCUGACAGCAAUGUCUGUACAACCCCACAGUGUGUCACUGCCGCGGCCCGACUGCUCCAGAACAUGGACCCCAGUGUGGAGCCGUGCCAGAACUUCUAUCAGUACGCCUGCGGAGGCUGGAUGGAGCGUCACGUCAUUCCCGAAACCAGCUCACUUCACAGCGUAUUCAAUAUCCUGAGAGACGAGCUGGAGAUCGUACUCAAGGGAGUUCUGGAGAUGGAAAAUAAGGAUGACAGAGAGGCCUUUAAGAAAGCCAAAACGCUCUACAGCUCAUGCAUGAAUGAGAUUCUGAUCGAGCAGCGCGACUCGCAGCCUCUCCUCGGACUCAUUGACAGUAUCGGCGACUGGCCCGUGGCCUCUGAGGUCUGGAACAGCACAUCAGAGCGAAUGUGGAGCCUGGAGGAUACCCUGGCUGUUCUGAACGCUCGGUACAAUAAGAAGGCUGUGCUUGAGAUGUUUGUGUGGCCAGAUGAUCGUGACUCCAGCCGUUACAUUAUUCAUGUUGACCAGCCAUUACUAGGAAUGCCUUCAAGAGAUUAUUACCUCAGUGAUGGCAAUUAUAAGAAGGUGCGCGAGGCCUACCUUGAGUUCAUGGUCUCCAUAGCAAGGAUUGCACGAGAAGACAGGAACCUGACCCAAGAUGAAGAACGUGUGUGGGAGGACAUGACUCAAGUGUUGGCGCUGGAGACAGACAUUGCGAACGCUACCUCACCUGCAGAAGAGCGCAAUGACAUCACCGUCCUCUACAACAAAAUGACACUGAGAGAAGCGCAGCAAGCUUUCAACCUCAAUGGCUUUAAUUGGACGCGCUACAUCCAGGGAAUAAUGUCCAGCGUGUCAGUCGCGGUGCAACCAGAUGAACCCAUAGUUGUGUACUGCUCACCUUAUCUGGAGAAGCUCAGUGGUGUUCUUUCCAAACACAGUCACAGGACCCUGCAGAACUAUCUGGCGUGGAUGCUCAUCAUGGAGAGGGUCAGCAGUAUGAGCCGGCGCUUCAAAGACGUGAGAGCGCACUACAGAAAGGCUUUGCAUGGCACUACAGUAGAGGAGGCGAGGUGGAGAGACUGUGUCCGUUAUGUACAGGGAAACAUGGAGAACGCCGUCGGGGCCCUGUAUGUCCGAGAAACCUUCUCUGGAAACAGCAAACGCAUGGUGCGUGAACUGAUCAGAAAGAUUCAGGAAGCUUAUGUGGAAACACUGGAAGAACUGAGCUGGAUGGAUGAGCAGUCCAAGGAGAAGGCCAGAGAGAAGGCCAUGGCGAUAUCAGAACAGAUCGGUUAUCCCGACCACAUCCUUGAGGAGGAAAAUAGGAAACUGGACGAGGAAUACAAACACCUGAAUUUCAGUGAGGAGAACUACUUUGAGAACAUUCUGGAAAACUUGGCAGCUUCAGCCCAGAAAGUUCAUAAGAAGCUGAGGGAGCCCGUGGAUCCUGACAUGUGGAUUAUUGGUGCGGCUGUGGUCAACGCUUUCUAUUCACACAACAGAAACCAGAUUGUGUUUCCUGCUGGCAUCCUCCAGCCUCCGUUCUUCAGUGAAAAACAGCUGCAAGCUCUAAACUUCGGUGGAAUUGGCAUGGUUAUAGGACAUGAGAUCACUCAUGGAUUUGAUGAUCACGGCCGUAAUUUUGACAAGGAUGGGAACAUGUACAACUGGUGGAGCAACUUCUCUGCCGAGCGCUUUGAGGAUCAGUCUAAAUGCAUGGUGGAACAGUACGGCAAAUUCAGCUGGAAACUCGCAGGAGGCCAAAAUGUCAGUGGCAUCACAACAUUAGGAGAGAAUAUUGCUGACAACGGUGGAGUUCGUCAAGCAUAUAAGGCGUAUAUGAAGUGGGUGGAGAGGGAGGGCGAGGAGCCCCGUCUUCCUGGACUGGAUAUGGAUCACAAACAGCUCUUCUUUCUUAACUUCGCACAGGUCUGGUGUGGUGCCUGCCGCCCAGAGUACGCCAUUCAGUCCAUCAAAACAGACCCACACAGCCCUCUGGAAUACAGGGUUCUGGGGUCCCUCCAGAACUUUGAGGCAUUUUCUGAAGCAUUUCAUUGCGCAAGAGGAGCUCCUAUGAAUCCCGAAGAGAAAUGUCGAGUGUGGUAACCUGCCGCCGGAGAUACAGGAGCCUGUGUAUAUUUUACAAACUAGGCAACGGUUAGGAGAGCUUGGAUCAUAUUAUGUUGUUCUGUGGCGGCUGCCUGGCUGUUAGUCUGAUAUGACAGACACGACCAAGGUGUGCAACACCUACAUGUGUGACUGCAUAGAUGUCUACUGUGAACUUUCAAAUGCGCACAUAUUACCAACGAGUGCAGGCGUCAGUGAGGGUGUUGUUUUUCUGAAAAAGAGGCAUGCUUUUUCAAUGUCUGUUUAAGAGACUUUUAAGCAAGAUUUCGUCCUGUUUGCCUGUUUACAGGUUUCUUGUGACACAUUACUAAUUUUGGCAUCAGAAAACCUGUGUAAACGAAAGAGUUUCAUUGUAACGAUAAAGGCUUAUUGACAUCAGAUUAUUUUUCCAGAUUAUGUAAACGGAUAAAUCCCUCGGUUGGCUUUCGAUUCUGUCGGCUCUCCAAGAAGAUAUCCGUUGCGCUUGAGCGAUCCCAAAAUUAGUCAACAACUGAAGGCUUGGAAGCCGAUAGAGAUUGUGGUUUGAAUAGAAACCAGUCAAGGCAGAAUGUUUGAUUUCAUAAUAAGCAGCCUUGAAAUAUUCUGAAAAUGGUAUAGGAAUUUUUUUCUAAAGCAUGCAGCGGAGAGAGGCAGACGCUGGAGUCCUAUUGAGCACCGUUUUCCCAAAACAAAUCCUAAUGUAUUUGCUCUCUACACUAUGUUUCACUGAAGAAUCUUUAAAAGCGAGGGCUUAACGUUACAUAAACGGGCCCAUGCUGAUGAUUAAAUGACAACCUUAAGACUGUUAAAACCAUAUCGCUUCAAGCUUCGUGUGUAUUUAUCCAUAAAUAGCUCUGAUUCAUGGCUGCCUUGCAAUUUACGCUACAGACUUCUGUUAAAGCCAGCAGAUAAUGGCAGGAAGCUGCUGCAAUACGGGAAUGAAAAAGGUACAACGGGUCACUCAGACUAUUUGUUUGUUUCAUACAAGCUGUUCGUUCUGCCAGGGAACAUUUCCAUACAUUGCUAUUGUUAAGCAUGUUUAGGGGCAAGAAUCAGAUCCGGAGAAAUGUACUGUAGUAAAACCGAAGGGUCUUCAUCUGUUCAGUCCUCAAGUUCAGUUUGGUUUUUAUUUGGGAUUCUUAAAAGCAUCAUCGCAGCAUUAAGAAUAUAAAUGUUUUUAUCAGA